AGUUGAAGGGGUUUUGCGGAGUGCGAUACAGAUGGAGGAUCCUCCUGCGGAUUCUGGCGGCGGCGGCGGCGGCGGUGCAGCGGCGGAGGGCCCGGCGGUGCAGGUGGCGGAUAUCUGCUGGCCCGCCGGGGCUCUCCCUCUGCGGCUCCUGGAGUGGAAAGUCAAACCCGGGUCUCUGGUUAACAUGGACUCCGUGCUGGCGUUAUGCGCUCCCAUUACCCAGGAGAAGGGGGCCGAGGCUGCCAGGCUGCCGGAGAAGAAGGUGAAAUCGGACCGUGCUGGAGUAGUCAAGGAGCUUUGCUGUCAACUUGGACAAGUCAUACCUCCUGGAGGUGUCAUCGUCAGGAUAGAGGAAUGCAGCCAUCCGAUUGUAAUGAAGGGUCUGUGUGCUGAAUGUGGCCAGGACCUGACUCAGCUGCAGAGCACAAAUGGGAAUCAGCAAGCUCCCAUCUCCACGGCAACCGUCUCCAUGGUGCACAGUGUCCCCGAGUUGAUGGUCAGCUCGGAGCAAGCAGAGCAGCUGGGCAGAGAGGACCAGCAGAGGCUCCACAGGAACAAGAAGCUGGUCCUGAUGGUGGAUCUGGACCAGACUCUGAUCCACACCACUGAGCAGCACUGCCAGCGCAUGUCCAAUAAGGGGAUUUUCCACUUCCAGCUUGGGCGGGGAGAGCCCAUGCUCCAUACACGACUACGCCCACACUGCAAGGAAUUCCUGGAGAAAAUUGCCAAACUCUAUGAGUUACAUGUCUUCACAUUUGGGAGCCGCCUUUAUGCACACACUAUCGCUGGCUUUCUGGAUCCUGAAAAGAAGCUCUUCUCUCAUCGCAUCCUUUCUCGAGAUGAAUGCAUCGAUCCUUUCUCCAAGACUGGGAAUCUUAGGAAUCUUUUCCCGUGUGGCGAUUCGAUGGUCUGCAUUAUUGAUGACCGAGAGGACGUGUGGAAAUUUGCACCGAACCUCAUCACUGUGAAGAAAUACAUCUACUUCCAGGGCACAGGGGACAUCAAUGCUCCACCAGGGUCACGUGAAGCGCAGAUGGCCAGGAAAGCAGGAGGGCCACCAAGUCGGCCUGCAGAGGGUGCAGAACCAGUUGGGGUGUCUGGAGCUGAUGAGCAGAACAACGGCCUCAGGAAAAGAGCAAAGGACCACAACAAUGGUGGAAGGGAGGAGUCCACAGCAUCCCCAUCUACUCAGGAAGUAACAACAAAUGAACGGACACAUCCCACAAGGGUUGGAGAGAAUGAGCAGGGUCAGGGUACGGGGCAAGAGACUGAACAUGUGUCUGGGAUGGGGUCAGGAGAUACUCAGGGGGGUGACAAAACAAAUGUUAAGGAAGAGGAUAGCGGCAGGACACUGGGGACAAGAGACCCACAGGGUGGGGCAAACUCUACACCUGGCCACGAGGCCAACAACCUGGACUUUGAUCUGUCCAGUGACAGUGACAGUGACUCACUUACAGAAAAGCCUCACUCAUCAGAGAGUGACGGUGAGGGCAAGUCUUGCCGGAUGAGGAAGUCCAGGCAGGAAGGCCAGACGCAGGAGUGUAGUGUUGGGGAUGGAGCCAGGGAAGGGGACGGUAAAGAAAAGGGAGAAGGAGAGAACAGUUCUGACUUAGGAGAGUCCUCAGGAGUUCUUCUCCCAGAUCCAGAUCUGGGGAAUGGCUGCUCAGACAGGAGAGAGCCAGAAACAGAGUCGCAGAAUAGCGAACAAUCUGGGGUCACCAUGGGAGAGGAGUCCCUGGACCAGAGUAUGGAGGAUGAAGAGGAGGAGGAGGAAGCUGACAAUGACCAAGACGAUCACCUGAUCUACCUGGAGGAAGUGUUAGAAAGAAUCCAUGCUGAGUACUAUGCUCGUUACGAGGCAUACCUGAGGAAGGAGGCCUCUGAAACACCAGACAUCCGCAAGAUUGUCCCAGAGCUGAAAGGCAAGACCCUAGAGGGAACCACUAUUGUGUUUAGUGGUCUGUAUCCUACCAACUAUCCCAUGGAGAGGACCCGGGAGUGCUACCAUGCCAAGGCAUUGGGGGCCAAGAUAGGCAAGAAUCUGGUUCUCAGCUACAAAGAUCCCAGUCGGACGACGCAUCUCAUUGCAGCAAGAGCUGGCACUGAGAAGGUCCGUCAAGCACAAGGCUGCAAGCACCUCCAUGUGGUCAACCCCGACUGGCUGUGGAGCUGUCUGGAGCGCUGGGAGCGUGUGGAGGAGCAGCUCUACCCGCUCAAGGACGAUUAUUCCAAGACACCACGGAGCAACAGUCCGGCCACUUUCCCCGAUAAUCAGGGGGCCCUCCAGAAGCCCAUCUUCCACCCGGCUCCCAUCCACCACAAAGUUCCACCUGCGGCCCCUGAGCUGCGGACCUACGACCCUGUCACGGGGAAGCUGAUCCGCAGGGGUCCUCAGGCCUCACGGCCACCGUCUUACCUCCAGUCUUCAGGUUCUUUGUCUCUCUCUGAUCACAGAGAGCAGUCUUCUCUCAGGGGAACUCAAAACAAUCAGCAGGAUGAAACAGCAGGGCCCAGCCAAGAUGAUGAGCAGCCGGGACCGUCCCGCCGGAAACGACAGCCCAGCAUGUCGGAGACCAUGCCUCUAUACACACUCUGCAAGGAGGAUCUGGAAAGCAUGGACAAAGAAGUGGACGACAUCCUAGGUGAGGAGAGCGACAACGAGAGUGAGGGGCGAGGGAAGGAGAAACCAGGGGAGGAGGAGGUGGAGGAUGAAGAGGAGCAGCAGUUAGGAGCUGGGCAGAUCACAGGAGGAAGUCUUGGUCCUCAGGCACUGAGCAUGGAGGAGAGGAUCCAGACACCAGCCAGUGAGGCCAGUCUGACGGGUAGUGUGCCAAGGGGGCACAAACGCAAGCUUGAUGAAGCCAAGGAAGAGGAAGAUGGGGAGGAGAAGGAGGAGGCGGAGGUCUCUGCCGACGAGUCGUCCAAGGACUCCAAUGAGGAAGAGGAAGGCAGCAGCUCGGAGGCAGACGAGAUGGCUGCCGCCUUGGAAGCAGAGCUCAAUGACUUUAUGUGACCUGGAAAACGACAGGACUCAGUCACAGGGACAUGACAUCAAAAAGCAGCCCCACCACCCCAAGAACCCCCCCCCCCCCUACACACACACACACUCACACACAAGUGGUACCUAAAUAUCCUAUUUUUCUGUUCUUUGGAGUCUGUGUGUACUUAGGAUGCGUGAGCCAUGAAUGUGUGCUGUAAUAAAAAAUGAAUGUUAUGUACAGAAAUUAGUCUACUACGACAUGUUGCUGUGUAAAUAAAGGCUUAGAGAAAUUUUUUUAGGGUUGAUUUAGAGCCUUUUUGGCAUCAAAGACUUUGAUGUUAACAUUUUAUUGUGAGAUAACAUAGAUGACAUGAAAUUUGAUACUUUUUUUGUUUGUUUUUUUCUUUUCUAUUUGAAUUUUUUAUACCGAUAAUAAGGUUAAAUAAAACUAUAAAAAAAAAUAUGAAAAUUAUUGGUCUUACAUGCCAAAGAGUUUGAAAUAGGUUUGCCAAGCCUGCAGCUAAACAUUUUACUUUUGAAUUCCAUUUUUAUUUUAUUUUUUGCCUCCUUAACAGUUUUUAGGGGUAAAUAUUGCAACCAGCAGAUCUAGACGUUUGAAUGUGUUUUCUUGAGUCUUGAGUUGUUUUCUUCCUCCACAUCAUGUUUGUACAUUUGAUACGGUAAUGGUAGGUAGUUCUCAGCUUUUUUGUGAAGUACAGCCCCUUGGUGCACCUCCACUGUGAACUGAACUUCCUGCCCAGUCAAUGUUUAUUUUCAUACAGCAGCAGGACACAUCAGACAGGUCAUAAGUGACAUGUAGGGUGACAAUAAUGAGCUGUUAAAGGGAUGGUGCAACUAUUUUGAAAAAUGUGAUGUUACAUCCCCGCUAGUUGUUAUGUAGCCCCUUAGUGGUGCUAUCUUCCUCUCAUUGUUACUGAGUGCUGGAUACUGGCUGGAUGCUCCAAAUGCUAACUGUUAGCCUCCUGCCAUUGAGAUUGACUUCCCCCCAGCUAACUUUCUGA